UCGCGCGAGCGCAUCACAUAGAAAAUUGCAAACCUACAUUGUCAGAGGAAACGUUUGGUGAAUUUUGCCUUGGGGUUUAUAGCGCGUGGAUUCUCCUUCCUUUUGGAUUUCGUCUUCGUUGUUGUCCGUCUCGUUCAUUCUCAGUCUCCGUACGCGGGACAUUAUGCUCGCGGUUGACGAGCACAUUCGCGUUAUCUGCGAUAGAAACGGCAUUCUUAUCAACAAUGAGGCUGCGGCUGACUCCAGAUUAGCUGGCCGCUCGGAGAGCCUUUGACACCUUGAUUGUCAGCCGAACUUUUAGCGCGACAUUACUACCAUUGGAUUUUAGUCAAUCGUAGAAACGUCUUUGAAAAGUGUAACAGAAAUAUUUCUCCUUAUUCCCCUUUGGCCUUCUUACUGUUAGAGCCUUGCAUUUUGUCCCGACCUAAAUCUCAUAGAUCUCAUCGUUCAUACAGAUCUUUUGCCCUCCUCUCCGAGAACUGUGAGUGAAGUGUCGAUUGCGACCUCCGCCAUCGAAAAUCGUGAUUGCGCUUAAAAUCGAAUUUACAAAUUUUUCGCAGAGGAAUAAGGAAACUAACAUCAGAAUUAGAUGCGGGAAUCGACACCGAUGCGACAGCAGUGAACAGGGCAAUGCGCUGUUAAGAACGGCCGUAAAGCUACGAAAGGUCAUCGAGAAAAAGAAAAAGAGAGAGAAAUUAUGCCGGACAAAAAUCUCGUCUGCCGGAAUGGACAACGCGAAAACAAAGAUUUUCUUGCCGGCGAAAUAUCAUCCAUCGGCAUGUCAUUACGGCCCAGCGGGAGCGCAUCCUCCGGCAUCUCGACUCUCGCGAGCUGCGGCGAGGUGGAUGCGCUGCCCGAGCUACCGGCCCAAGAUGAGGAACGUCUGCAGCGCGCUGCGCGUCUGCUGCAGCAGAGAUUGGUGUUACGUCAAUGGCUGAUGGACCAUGGCCUACAUAAUUAUUAUCAAAAGUUGAUGCAAAUGGAAGUUAUGUCCCUGGAGGAUGUAUACUGGGUAGAGGAUAAUGCAGCACGGACAGCUCUUGGCAAGGAUUUACCACGGUGGACUCAAGCUAGGCAGACGUUACCUACUUCGAAGGAAGAUUUGGAAACUCUUAAAGCGGAUCUCUGGAGUGCUGUUGUAAAGAAUAGUCAACACCAGGAUGCUUGGACAUGGGGCGGUAUGCUGAUAGUUUCCGUAUCGGUGGCAGGGCUGGUUACUCUGGCUGCUAUGACGCAGCCCGCUUUGGCACCUGAAGCGAAACACUCUCUUUUGCAAUACGUCACAGGGAAAUAUUUAUUGCCGAGUAACUGCCGCGUUCAUUUCGAGUGGGAAGAACCUCAAUUGGUCGGCGAAACGAUGACUUUUACGGUCAAAUUUUAUCAACGCAAUGGUCAGCCGUACCCAAUAUGUGACAAAGAUAAUUUGAUUGUGGAGGUAACAGAGGAUACACGCAGAGUAGCUACAUUAAUAGAACUGGGAGGCACCGACCCCUUAGCUGCAAAUACUGCAGUAGUAAAGUUUACUGUCCGCCAUGCGGGACAAUAUCGAAUAGCUGUACUUAUCGGAUCGUGUCAUGUUCAUGGCAGCCCGUUUCUUAAGAAUUUUCUUCCUGGUCCACCAGAUCCAAAUAAGACAGUCUUUGUACGACAAAGUUCUACGGUCGUUUGUACAGCUGGGAUAGCCCAUUCGAUGACAAUAGAGCCACGCGAUGAAUAUGAUAAUCUGUGCAUAUUUGGGCCUGGAGAUCAGCCUACAGAAGGUUAUAGUGUCAAUAUUACUCAGAUUGGUAGUACAGUAGAUAAAGGAUCGAUGAUAGACUAUAGUAUUCAACUCGACUAUGAUUCUUCAAAUCAAAGAAUUCGUUUGAAAGUGAGCUUUCCAAAAGGCGGAUGUUAUCAUGCAACGGUUAGCUUGGCAGGAUUACAGCUGCAUAAUGGAGAUUUUGAUAUCAUCGUUCUCGAAAAUUCCGUCGCAAGAAUGGUGCAUAAUAAUGUAGCAUCUAAGGAUCCAGAUAUCUGUUAUGUUGCAAAGUUAUUAGGCAUGCAAGGAGAAAGAUUUUCUAAACCAAAGAAAGUCUUCUGCUUUAUCUCGCCUAAGCAACUUACGAUUAAGGAAUAUUUAUUAAAAUUUAUUCCCAAAAGACUCGUAACAUUUAGACUAUGUCCUUCGACAAAGUUCCAUUUUGAAAAUUCGACCAAUCAGCACGAGGGAUAUUAUCCUUUCUCGAUAGACGAUGGAUGUCAACCUCCCGUUGAACUAAUAUCUCUGUAUCGUGAUAUAAUAGCCGCCACUUUCACUUUGUUUCUCUUGAAAAACAUCGGCGGUAGUGAAACAUUCGCUGACAAACAAGAUUUUUUCUAUCAUGAAGUCCGCAAGCACCAUCAGAAGCAUUACCACGAGAAACUCUCCAUGAAAGUGCAGCGUGAUAAGCUUUUAGAAUCGUCUAUGAAAGCUACUAAAGGAUUUUCCGUGAGUGAUUGGUGUCGAAAUUUUGAAAUAAUAUUUCAAGGCGAACAAGGCGUUGAUUGGGGUGGCGUGCGACGUGAAUGGUUCGAAUUGAUAUGCGCCGCGCUAUUUGAUCCGGGCAAUGGUUUGUUCGCGUCAUUUGGGGAGUCGCAACAGGCAUUAGUGCAUCCAAAUCCCAAACGACCAUCGCAUCUUAAAUUGAAGCACUAUGAGUUUGCCGGACGUAUCGUAGGAAAGUGUCUUUAUGAGUCGGCGCUCGGCGGCUCCUAUCGUCAGUUAGUACGCGCACGAUUCACCAGAUCAUUCCUUGCACAGAUUAUAGGACUUAGAGUGCAUUACAAGUAUUUUGAACAAGAUGAUCCUGAUUUAUACUUGAGUAAGGUAAAGUAUAUUCUUGAGAACGACGUUGAAGAAAUGGAAUUGUACUUCGUUGAAGAAGAAUAUGAUAAGGAUGGACAAUUGUUGAAGGUGGCAGAAUUAAUUCCUGGUGGUAGCAAAGUCCGAGUGACUAACGAUACGAAACUUCGUUAUCUGGAUGCACUCGCUCAGCACCGACUUGCUAGUUCCAUCCGCAACGAAGUCGAUCAUUUUCUGCGCGGUCUUAACGAACUGAUUCCCGAUAACCUCUUAGGUAUAUUUGAUGAAAAUGAAUUAGAGUUACUAUUAUGCGGGACUGGUGAGUACAGCGUGGCAGAUUUACGCGCGCAUCACAUAGCUAACGGAAGUUCUCCGGAAUUUCUUCGAGUACUCGAUUGGUUCUGGACGGCGGUGAGCAAUUUUACGCAGGAGGAGAUGGCACGAUUGCUCCAAUUCACUACGGGUUGCUCGCAAUUACCGCCUGGUGGAUUUCAACAACUGAGCCCUCGUUUUCAGAUUACAGCUGCACCAACGUUCGCUAAUUUGCCUACAGCACAUACUUGCUUUAACCAACUCUGCUUACCUGAUUAUGAGUGCUACGAUCACUUUGAACGAGCGUUACUGUUGGCAAUCAGCGAGGGCACCGAAGGUUUCGGCAUGAUCUAACCGGGAAAGCCCGG